GUUUUUUUUAAAUCAGGUUUAGAUAAACGCUAUUAUUGUUUGUAUUGUACCAUUUUACCGUACCACCUCAACAGAAUAUAAUCUAUUAAUUAAACAUGCCGCUAUUUAUAAUAAUAUAAUCGAUAUUUUGAGGACAGUUUGCUAUAACUGAGUAAAUUCGCCCCGGCUUGUCUCUGUUAUUCGAUGUUCUGGGCAAGCAUUAAACAUGGCCGACUUGGAGGGAGAGAGAUGUAGAAACGUUAACGGGAAGAGCCUUUGCAAUAGUAAGAUAGAGCAAAGGUCUGGGCCAAAUAUCGCAAUAACUAAGCAAGGAGAAGAAAAACAGACAUCUGCGAAUAGGCAAAAGACAGCUGGAAGCAUGACGACCACGGAAUACUGCGCAAAGUUGCAGGAGUGGAUGUGGCAAUACUACGGCGGAUGUGUGCACUGGCAGGGCUGGAUGGCGAUGUCUACGUAUCCGUUUCCUUACUAUCCACCCCAGGCAGGGAGUGAAGCCCCUACGGUACCUCUCUGGGGAAUGGGUCAGUCCUCCUCAGAUGCUCGCAAUUGGUACAACAAUCAGUUUAACUUCCCUGUACCUCCGUAUUUCGCGACGAGUGCUAACCCAGGUGGUCAAACGGGGGAAGUGACACCUGGAACCACUCCCGUGUCCAACGAAAGGCCACUGCCACAACAGCAACAAAAUGGAAAUGUGCAGCAAGCAGGUCGGGAAUACACUAUCCCUUCUCCCCUGCAGAGAUUCCUUGCAGAAAUGCUAGAUUUUUUCAUCCUUUUCUUCAUUAAAGCAACUAUAAUACUGAGCAUUAUGCACAUGAGUGGAAUGAAAGACAUUUCCAAAUUUGCCAUGCAUUUUAUCGUGGAAGAAAUAGAUGAAGACACUUCAAUGGAAGAACUACAGAAAAUGAUGCUGGUGGCUCUGGUUUACAGGAUACUGGUCUGCUUCUAUGAGAUCAUCUGUAUCUGGGGAGCCGGGGGAGCCACUCCAGGGAAGUUUCUCCUUGGUCUCAGAGUGGUUACAUGUGACACCUCGGUCUUGGUCCGUCCCAACCGGGUGCUAGUGGUACCUGCAUCCAAUGUCACCCUGUCUGCAUCAACGGUCCGAGCCCUCAACAAGAAUUUCUCCAUUGCCUUCUUCUUCCCGGCCUUCAUCACCCUCCUCUUCUUCCAGCACAACAGGACCGUGUAUGACAUCGUAGCUGGCACCAUUGUGGUGAAGCGAAGCCGAGCGAGAUGACCAAACCAGAGCAGGGUUUUGACUCAGGCCUUGGGGUGGGUAAUUUGGGUCUUACGGUCCCUGAUCAGCUUCAGAAGGCUGGGAUGUUGGGGCAGGAGCAGCACAACCCAGAAAUUUCCGGGAAUCUCCCUAGAGAGACUGGCAACAUGAGGAGAGGGUGAAGUAGAGGGGGGGGGAGAGACUUGCUCCAGAGAAGAUGUAUUGAUUGGCAGACCGCACAUGCUGAAUUCUUUCUUGGACACACUAAAGGAGGUUAGGUCACUGUUUAAGUUGUUGAAUCUUAUCAGUUCAGGUAAUGGAACUUCAGGUUCAAUCAAAGCAGGGACAGAACUUUCUGUCUUAAGUGUUGAGUCCACCAUCUUGGUUGCUGAUGAUUUGUUAAUGCACUUUGAGGUUACGCAGGGAACUACUGUUGUCACUGAUAGAGACUUGCUAAUACACAAGAUUAGAGAAUAUUAUGCAUCAGUAACUUCAUCACAUUUUACUUAAUUGGAUGAGGUUGUAUUGUUACAAGGCAGAUGAGUGCAUUGAGGAUGAAUAUUAUAAAUAUUGUAUUUUUAUUAUCAUAUCAAAAACUUCCCGUUUGCCUCAUGCCUUUAUACUGACUGUCUGACUGACAGUGAAUAAAUCUCUAACAUGUUCUGACUGAACUCCUUAAGCAUCAUUUUUACUCCCACAUUUCUGUUAUUUUCCACAGCCUGGCUUUCAUCUUAACAGUGAAUAAACUGCCUUUACAAUCCCCUGUGGUAAACCCUAUGAUACUGAUAACACUCGAAUUCAGUGUUCUUGCCAAGCACAGGAAUGGCUUCCCUCGCUCCUUAUCUCCCGUCUCUGGAGUCAUUUGUACUUUCUUACGUGUGCUACAAAAUUCCCUUUGAAUGCACUUAGUUGGGGUUGCUGCCCUCUCUGGUUGCUAAGCAAUACUCAGCCUUUGAACCUCAUGUGCGUGGGCUUAGUUUUUUUAUUUUUAAAUCAGACAUACAGUAAGGCCUGCAGUUUUGUUGUAUUGGCUCCCCACAUACCUUAGCAGGGAAGGGGAGACUAGAGGCUGUGGAUAUCUGGAGUAUUAUUUUUACCGCCUGCAGCAGCAGCGACAUCUUUGUGCCUCUGACAGCUGAAAUGUGUAGAUUGGAGGCCGAUGGUUUAUGAACCCUAAACCGGGUGGAGCUGUCGCAAAAAAAAGAUUUUGUGAAACAUGCUAAUGGCAUGAGCGUGACGGAGCAUCAAGCAUAGAUGCAGAAUGUCUCGGUCAGGUUAAUUUGCGCUUCCUGUGUUGUGUAGUGUAGCUAAAUGCUAGUCAGUAUAUGCACUCCCAGUGAUUGUAUCUUUUAAAACAAUUUAGCUGCCAACUUCAGUCAUUGUCUCUCCAGUUGCUGAUCAGUAAAUGAGGUGGUCAUGAAAACGGUUUGUGACCCUUUGAAAUGGCCAAAUAUUUUUCUUUAUGCCCAAUCCCAUUCAUAAACAAUUCUAAAAAUAUUUCAUUUUGUUCUGUCCCUGUUUGUACCCUCAUGGAAAAGCUGGGGGCCAGCAGCACAUUGUAUGGAGCUCCACCCAUGUUGUCCUCCUUGAAACUUCAUUUCACAUCACUGUUAUGCAGUCUGUAAAAUCACAACUUUGAGCUCUACUUUCCUCUAAUUUAUUAUAGUUUUGUGAAUUAUUUGUUUGAUUAAUCUUCCCUGUGCAGUAUUGUUUUGAUCAGGACUAUUUGAUGUACAGUUUGGCUAUAACAAUGUGUACAUAUUUUUGAUUGUUCAAUUCUCAAGAUAAAUAAGGUUUAUAAAUCAAUUUUGAUACAAGUGCAACAUUACUCUAACUAUCUACGCAUGAUAUAUUCACAGUUUCUAAUUAAUGCAGCAAAUUCCACUCUUUGGGACAUGUGUAUGAUAUAUGUUGGUGGUCCAACAUACUUGUUUGGUCCUUUAGCUCAUGUUAUGUUCUUAUGUUUAAUUUAAUAUGUGGAUGAAGGUAAAUCAGUGUUUUUUUUUUCUUUACUCAAAAAACUAAAUGGCACCAUGAGUUCAGUUUCACUAUGCACAUUCUGUGUAACGAAUGUUGAAAAUUGAAAAAGUGUAUAUUUUAACUACAUGAUCUCUGUCAUAUAAAAAGCAAGUGUAUCCAUGCAGGACAUUUAUUUAUAGAGAAAGAGGACAUAAUGUUAUCUGCUGCUUUCAGAUUAUGCUGUUUUUAUCUUUUGACUUAUUUAAUUGUGAUGCUCAUACCAGUAUGUAAACUGGCACAGUUCAUUUUCUGCUUUGUCAUGCUUUCUAUGAAUUUACAAGGAUUUUAUAGACAAAGCUCUGAGGGCUUGAGCUGAAAGACCGGUUUGUGCUGUCUAAUUUGGUAUUUACAUAGCAGCAGUGGUGUCUAUUGUAACUGAGAAAACAACAGAAUAAAAAAGUUACGCUUCUAAUUA